AUGUCGUCACGCGUAAGUGAGGGGGCUCCCAAGCCGCCACCCAAGUCGCGAAAAGAGCGCAGCGGCUUUUUGGCCAAGAUGGGCCGCUCCGACGGCCGCAAGAACAAGCACCGCAUCUCGCAGUACGUCGAGCCGGUGGUCCAGGGAGAAGAAGAUGACAGCGCAAACACAAACAGACUCGAUAUCAUCGACCAGCUGGACAUCUCGGGCGUGCAUGGCGCAAGCUUAUUCCAUCACGAUUCGCCUUACGAUGCGUGUUCGCCCCGCAGCAACCUGACCAACAACCGCGCGGCUCCGAUCCGUGCUUUCGAUCCCUCCGUGGACCCGGUGACCAACCAGUUGCUCAACUCGCACCAACGUGGCGGCCGCACCGUCGAGCCUGCCUCGUCCCAGUACCGCGGACACCGCGCGCAAGCCAGCGCUCCUGCCGACCCCUAUAAUAACAGCGCCGCGCUUGCGUCAACGACCUCGAUCGGCCUCGAGUCUCAGAGCGAAGCCGCGAAUCCCAACGCCGAGUUCUUUGGUGUGGCUGCUGAGCCUUGGCAAGAUUUUGCCACACCCAGCCACGCCGACAGGCGCGCGUACCGCGAUAACGAGACGCCCAGCGGCCGUACCAGCCGGAGCAGCACGUUUGCGGACAUGGAGACGUACCUGCGUGGCAAUACCCGCCCCAACCCCAGUGUGCCCCCGAAAGAGAACCGCGCCACGCGGUUCGAGGACGUUGUGUACAAGGACGAAGAGCCUCAAGAAUACACGCCCCGCAAGUCCCGAGGCGCACCCACGCAGCGCUCCAAGAGUCUCAUCGGCCGCCUGCGCCGCCUGCGCGUCGAGCCGGACGAGGCCGAUCGGCCGGAUGAGGAGCUGCGCCGUAACAGCACGGUCCACGGCCGGAGUCAGACGCGGACGCAGGCCGCGGGCCUCUCGUCGCCGAGCACUGGCCUUCCGCCGCCGGUUACCAACAGCACGCUGCCCACGACGCAGCAGCCCGAGCUGUACCAAUCUUCUCACGCGGCCCGGAGCCCCGUGAGUCCCAGCGAGACGAACGGCAGUGUGACGCCCCGCAUGCGCCGCCCGGUCUACGCCGGCUCAGCCACGACCCAAUACACGACCGAUGCGGCGGACUAUGAGAUCCCGUCGCGGUCGCGCAACCGGCGGAACAUGAUGUCGCCCCCCGCGCUGCCGCCCAAGGCGGACGCCUACGAGGACGCGGCGCCUCAUACGGACUACACCGAGGUCGUGCCUGAUGCCGAAGACGGAAAGGCAAACUUGGGCCGGUCCAAGUCGUUCUUCGCCCGUCUUGCCUCUUCCAGCCGUGCUCGUGUGAUUUAG